GCCAUGCCGCAGCCGCUGCCCCGGAUCUCCGUGCCCGCCGCGCUGGGCGCGCUGGGCGCCGCCUUGGCCACCGGCUUCAUCCUCGGCCGCUGGGGCCCGCGCUGGCCGGGCCGGCGCCAGAAGAGCCUGCUGCCGCCCGAGGACAGCCCGCUGUGGCAGUACCUGCUGAGCCGCUCCCUGCGCGAGCACCCGGCGCUGCGGAGCCUGCGGACGCUCACCCUGGAGCAGCCGCAGGGCGCGUCCCUGCUGAUGAGCUGCGAGCAGGCCCAGCUCCUGGCCAACCUGGCGCGGCUCGUCAAGGCCGAGAAGGCGCUGGACCUGGGCACCUUCACGGGCUACUCGGCGCUGGCGCUGGCCCUGGCGCUGCCCCCGACGGGCCGCGUGGUGACCUGCGAGGUGACGGCGGAGCUGCCGGAGCUGGGGCGGCCCCUGUGGCAGCAGGCCGAGGAGGAGCACAAGAUCGAGCUGCGCGUGAAGCCGGCCCUGGACACCCUGGAUGAGCUCCUGGCCGCGGGCGAGGCCGGCACCUUCGACGUGGCCGUGGUGGACGCCGACAGGGAGAACUGCGCCGCCUACUACGAGCGCUGCCUGGAGUUGCUACGACCCGGCGGCGUGCUCGCCCUGCUCGGGGUGCUGGGCCGCGGGGAGGUGCUGUGCCCCGGAACGCGGAACCCUGCGGUGGAGGCCCUGCGCAGCCUCAACGAGCGCAUUCUGCGCGACGCCCGGGUCCACAUCAGCCUCCUGCCGCUGGGAGACGGCCUCACCUUGGCUUUCAAGAUCUAGGAAGGGACCGGCCGGAGUCCUUAAGGCGCCUGGGAGCCGCCGCUGAACCCCAGUUCUCGCCCCCAUAAUAAAGUGGGGCUGGGACUUCAGCUUCUGAGCCUCGGUGCG